AUGGCUGACUCCGUCCCUCAAACCCUCCAUCUUGAUCCUUCCCAGUAUCCCAAAUUGUCCCCUGCUCAAUUAGGCCACCUGCGCCAUUUCUACAACCUUGCCUUCCAGCCAGAUGGAGAGUGGGCAAAGAUGGGCGCUCAAGAGCCCCUUCAAGAGUUCCUAGACGCCUAUCGUUACCAACUUGCCACGAUGGCCUAUGCCGUCGGUGUUACUCACUAUCAUCAUUUACCAGCUCUGCGCUCGAUAUUCAAGCCCCUCCUCCGCCAGCUGAUCCAUAAGAUGUUGCGCAAGGAGGUCUGGGCAUACUGGUUCAACACUAGUCUGGGCGGUAGGCGCACAGAUCCGAGUUUGCAAAAGCUCAGAGAACCGUGGGCCGACCCUGUCGUGCGAGAGAACAUCAUGUACAGCGGUCACCUUCUAUUGAUGACCAGCCUCUACGCCAUGCUCUUUGACGAUGAUGAAUUCGAGAAGCCCGAGUCCCUUGUUUUCAAAUGGGAUCCUAUGUUUUACGGGCUCGGUGACGAGACUUUCUCCUACGACAAUCGCAGCCUGCAGGCAGCCAUCACUAGGGAAAUGGAGAGGAAUGGAUGGGUCGGCGUCUGUUGCGAGCCAAAUGUGGUCUUUGUCGUCUGCAACCAAUUUCCAAUCAUUGCAAUGAGAUACAACGACGCUCGGGACGGUACUAACAAGGUCGAAGAGGUUCUGACCAAGUACAGGGCCGCCUGGGACAAAAAGGGCAUGGUUUCUUCCAAUGGUCUCUUUGUGGAUUUUUGGAUGGUCAAACAGAAUCACAUCGUCCCUCCUACAGAUGUGGGCUGGACCGCGUGGGGAGGUGCGUUUAUGCACUCCUGGAAUCCUCAACUUGUGGAGAGUCUCUAUCCGAAACAGUUCCCUGGCUUCAUCACCAACAUCUCCGGCCGCGUCCGCUUGCAACCGCCCAUUGUAGCCAACCAUUACCGCAAACUUUCCGCGACAGCGUCCCCGACUACGUCCGAUCAAGAGACUCUCCAGCAAGCCAUUGAACUCGCCAAAGCCGAUCUUGCGGAGAAGCCAGCGCCGCCGUUCCCGUACACCAAACCCUGUUUCGGAUAUGUGGUCCAGUGGCUCUCUGAACUUGGUCAGACAGCGCUUCUCGAUGGCCUUUUAGCGUAUGCCGACAAAAACCUGAACCCCACAUGGGAGAACGGUGGCCUGUUCUACCCGCGCAAUGACACGCCUUUUAUCUUCACCGAGGACAACCAAGACGGCGAGGGCGUCAAGUGGACACACGUCUCCCCCUUCUGCGGCAACGCGGCGAUCGGAUACGCACGCCUCAAUGUCCAGGAUGGGCAGCGCAUCAUGUACGAAAAGCCCUGGACGAGGGAGUUUUUGGGUCGCACGCCGUGGAUCGACAACCUCGACUUCGCCGGCAAGGAACACGGAGUCGGCGUCCUUCGCGGUGCGUGGGACGAAGACGCCCACGCGCUGGUCCUUACAGUUAAAGGAUGGGAUUUUGAGGGUCGAGCGUGUCCUGAGGUUGUGAGCAUUGGGCCUGUGGCUCGCGGUUUGGAGCCGGGGACUUGGGCUGUCUAUGUCGACGGCAAGUUACAGGCCACCAGAGAGGUGAAGGACCAGGCAGUGGAUGGGUUUGGGGUGAAAUGUGAAGUUAAGAGGGGCCAGGAGGUCGAUGUGGUGUUCUUGAGGGUUGAUGCUGGGAUGAAUGGUCAUGCCAACGGUCAUGCCUCUUAG